AUGGAUAUAAGAAAUACCUCGAUGAUAUCUGAGUUUGUUUUAUUAGGACUCACCAGCAUUUGGGAAAUUGAAAUUUUAUUUUUUUUCAUAUUUUUGUUGAGCUAUGGAGCAAUUGUGGCAGGAAACCUUCUCAUUGUAGUCACUGUAAUCUUUGACUUUCACCUGCACUCUACACCUAUGUAUUUCCUCCUUGGAAAUCUCUCCUUUCUUGAUAUGACUUUUUCAACAAUCUCAACCCCUAAGAUGGUCACAGAUUUCCUCAGAGAGAAGAAAACAAUUUCUUUGUGUGGCUGCAUGGUUCAAAUGUUCCUCCUCCACUUCUUAGGAGGCAGUGAGAUGACUCUUCUCAUAGUUAUGGCUGUUGAUCGGUACAUUGCAAUAUGCAAGCCUCUUCACUACACAACCAUCAUGAACGGCCGGGUACUUGUGGGUUCUGUGCUGCUGUCCUGGGGUGUUGGUUUUGUGCACACUAUGAGCCAGAUGGUUUUUACCAUCGCCUUACCUUUCUGCGGCCCCAAUGUGGUGGACAAUAUUUUUUGUGACCUUCCUCUAGUUCUAAAACUUGCCUGUACUGAGACCUAUGUUCUGGAGUUACUGGUAAUUGCUGACAGUGGACUGUUGUCUUUCAUCUGCUUUGUCCUCUUGAUUAUUUCCUACACUGUCAUUCUGGUGACUGUCCAACGCCAGUCUCCUGGUGGACUCUCCAAGGCUCUGUCCACACUGUCUGCUCAUAUCACUGUAGUCACUCUGUUCUUUGGGCCAUGUAUCUUCAUUUAUGCUUGGCCAUUUAGUAACUUAUCAGUGGAUAAAUUUCUUUCAGUAUUUUAUUCAGUCAUCACACCCUUACUGAACCCCAUUAUUUAUACUUUAAGGAAUCAGGAGAUGAAAGCAGCCAUUAGUAGACUCAGGACUCAGUGUGUCAGCUCCAAAUAGAACUUAUAGAC